AUGGCAGACUCGACUCUGAGUGAGACCGUCGCACGUCUCGCCUCUGACAAGCAAAGGGACCGUACAGAGGCUUUGAACGAUUUGCGACGAAUCUUGAAUAAAAAGAGGCAGACUCUUGACACCCUCAAUGACAAGGCGUACCAUAAGAUUCUGGAGGCGCUCUUUCGGUGUGUUGCUCUCGAGAAAUCAGCCCACAGUCGUUCCAGGGGCGCUUCAGCACCACGCCUUGCAUUAUGUGCUUCAGCUUUUCGAACUACUGUGGAGGUCUCCGUUGCAGUGUUACGAACGAAAACAGUACAUGCAAUUAUCGAUCAUAUUGUCCAAACUUUGAUACAACCAGGCGGGCUCUGGGACCUUAUUGCGAUUGACUAUAUCAAAAGCCUUAGGUUGUUAUUCGAAUACCAAGCACAUGUGGAGCACCUUACAGGAGGUGAUUGGGCUGACGCAAUCAGCUUUUGUCUAUCAUGCCUGAGCUAUAAUGGAGACGAAGCAGCGCAUCUCAGCAUUCGUACCAGCCACCGGUCUCUAUCUGAGGCUAUAGCAGAUGAUGAGGGUGACCGGAGGACGCCCGCUCGAAAUGCCCCAUUAUCCAGCUCGCAAAAGAACAGAGGUAUAGCAGACGAAGCUGUUGUUUGCAUUCAACUGCUUACUUCCACCCCAACUGCUCCCCUGCAUGAUCGUGUUAGACAGCUUAUGAGCGCACUCUUGAUAUACCUCUCCUCUGCGAUGCCUGCAAACGCGGGCCAAGCCCUGAAGGCCAUCAACAACCUCCUCGAAAGAGUGAUAUGUGAUCAAUGCGCUUUAGUCAAGGACUUUAUUCCGGAUAUCAUACCUGUUAUUCGGCGUCUCUGGUCGGCAAAGUCACCAGCUGUGAAAGAUGAAGUCCUAGUCACAAUGAUACUUUGCAUGGAUCUCUUGCGCAAUAGCCCACAAUCGUUGUUCCCCCAGGCUUCACUUCAGCCUCUUGAAGAUCUGCUAGAGACUCUAGAAACCGAAUAUACCAGGCGUCCAGAGAAAGAACAGAUCCAGAUUGAGGAUCUGGUUUUUUACCAAAAUGAUCUUAGCUCCCAGCACUUGUAUCUCUUCGGACCUCGUCUCGGCAGCUCUCGGUCAGAGCAUAACUGGACUUUGAUUUGGACGAUAUCAUCCCUGAUCGGUAUUCUGGACAAGGCAUCAGGUCAUAACUCUAGUUCCGCAGAGAAUGAGCUUGCAUCAAAUAAAAGACCCCGUUUGUCAUCACGAACGGAUGAUGUCUCACGGGAGUGCUUCACGUCAACUGGACCUAGAAAAGGAUACUGCUUGCAGUUGCUAUCAUUCCUAGGAGGACGAAUGUCUGUUGAGGAAAAGGCUACCCUUUUGAGUCGCUUGGCCGCUAGCAUUGUGGAUGACAAUCCGUCGACAUCAAACUGGACCUUACUAGUUAUAUCCAAUAUCGCCAUUGCUAGUUCCUCAAAGUCUCAGCUGCUGAAACCUUUUUGGAGACAGAUUUGGGACCUGUCAUUUCGAGCAUGCGCCUUCCAAGUGAAUACGAGGGCGGCGUGCGCUCUACUAGAGACUAUAGUACGCUUGGAACUUGUCGACUUUGCAGGUUUAACAGAUAACAUACGGUCGAUGCUAUCAAGCAUGGAACUCAACGGCCCCUCAGCCUUAUGUGACACUUCUUUGAAGCUUUUAACCACUUUAUUCGACAAAAGACUACAUACAGCAGCUGGCAUUGGUGUAGAUUCUGUGAAAGGUGUCUGCAAUUGGCUGCGAAGUACUUGGACUUUUGGCGCCGGAGUGGAUAAGUUGCAAAUGGCACAGGUCGCCUUAUUCGCUUCCCCGGCAAAUUUCCUCGUUCUACUACUGACCCUUACCAACAGGCCAGCACCACUUUGCCAUGCAGAGUAUCAAGGUACAACAGCCACUAUUUCCAGCGCUUGGUUUCGUCAGCGCGAAAAAAGUACUCUUAAGGAGUACCUCUUCUCAUUUGACAACGAAAUUACUCAGGACCUUUGGUGCGUUGAGGAAACGAUCUUGUCCAUAGAGCCUUCAGUCAGAAGCGACCCAAAUGACCAUUUCGUGAUAGAGUUACUGCAGACAAAGAUGGACACCUUCUCACAAGCGUGGAAAAUAAUGUUUGAAGAGAAAUCACAACAUCUUACAGCAGAUGUAUUCAAGAUCAUGGUCUCUGCAUGUAUCGUUGUUGCAUUGUUCAUUGAGUCACUUCCCCAAUCCGAUAACACUCGCGCGGCAGACCUACGCAGAACUAAUCUCGGCUUUUGGACCAACAUCUGUGACUACAUUGCCUCGAGGGAUGAUCUCAUGCAGGCAUGUCUGAGCAUUUUGUCACCCGUGGUUGCAUCUGCCCCGAUUAUACUGGAUGGUGUAAUUCCUAUUUCCAGGGCUUUGUUUGAUCUGGCCUCCCCUCUUGUUGUCAAGCUGAAAAGCCGCGAAUCAACUCAGAACGACAUCUUUUUGGAUGAUCCUGAUGCCAUGGACUUUGAUGGGAUCUCCUCGCCUCCGCCGGACGAACUAGCACGGGGUAUAAUCCUACAGAAUAACCGGCACAAUGUCAAUGCAUUUCCAGAUUCAAAUACCUUCCAAAGGUGUCUAUCAAUACGAUUAGAUAUUUUUCUUUCUGGUAACGACACAUCUGAUGCCGACCUUUUUACUCAAUCAUCGCUAGUAAAGUCCUUGAAAGCCUUGGAUGAUGUGGAUGUCUUGUCAACCCGCAAUUUUCUACCCCAUCUUUUCCAACAGUCCAACCGUUUUUCCCGUAACGAUAUCUUGGAAUUAGUGGAGCAUUUCGGAGAAACCUGUUUGCAGGGGUAUCAAUUAGAGCGAUGUGAAAGCGCGCAAUGCUUCUCUAUUUCUAUGAUGGAGUGUUUCGUUGACUCGUGGAUUAGAAACGAAGAUGACGACCUUAGCACCUCUGCUGCUGACCUGUACGGUUGGUUCAUACAGGUUUUUCUACAAAAGAGAAAAGGGUCGUCUCAUGUUCUGAUUGCUCUUUCUCGGCUUUUGGAGAGAAUUAUCAGUUUGAAUCCUACUUUCAGCGUGGAUGGCUCUGCAUCACCGCGGACAAGCUUAUUCAGCAUUCUUCGUGAUGGUGAUACUGUCGUGAAAUUCACAAUUGCAAGCUGUAUCUCGAACAUUUUCAGUCGUUUUCUGCUCGAAGACCACGAAAAAAUUUUUGAUGAUGUUGUGGAGAGCUUGCCAACUGACCCAGAUUGGAACGAAGGCAUCGCCUUGCGGCUCUACAUUCUUGGACAAUUAGCUUCUCGAUGGUCAACCCUUCUUCGUCGAAGUAUUUACCACAUCUUUGAGACUCCGGCUCAAGUACCCGAAUCGACUCGAUACGCUGAGAAGUGUCUAUUAGAAGUAUCACGUUCGUUGAGACUUGAAGAGCCCAAGGACAUUUUUCGACUUUUCAUGCCUCAAAUUCUCUACACUUGGACUGAAACACAACCCAUUAAAUCAAUGCCUUUUAGUAUUUUCCGUUACUCAAGUCUUAAGGAGAUGCUACAGGACGCACAGGAUGAGCUGGUCGGGCAGAUUAUGAUGAGGGCUAGUGAACAGGAUGCCGAGGAGGUAGCAAUCUAUCUCGAAAGGCCUUUCACUAUACUAUUACAGGAAUCGUUCUACAAGGCCGAAGCAUACACUGUGGCCCGCGAUAUCAGUCUACCGCCCUCUCAGGACAGUCAGCCGAAAGGGGUGGAAAGUCGUGUGAAAAAGACAUUAGGUACAGACCAAUUUGCACGGUCAAUCGAGAACAAGUUUCCCGAAGUUGUUAGCGCUCUCUUCAAAUCUCUUUCCCAGGAGGAACAGAUCGAGCGGGCAUUUUCGAAACGACCUGAGUUUAGCUAUGCUUCUAAGAUUCUCAAUCGCAUCACAGAGAAGAGCGCCUCUACCACCCUUCUGCCAGGCAAUCAACAACCAUCAUUCAGAGCUCGUUAUCUACUUGAUGAGCUUGAGUAUCUUUGCAAACGAGCUGGAUACGACCUCAAAACUAUGUGGACACCGACAUUAGUAUCAUUCGUAUGUCGAACACUUCUUGACUCUAUGGAUCCUGCCCUUGGCUCUUUGCAUGCUUGCGCGGCAUUGAGAAAGAUUCGUAUUUUGGUCUGCAUUUCUGGGUCGAUUAUAUGCCAAGACUAUCCUUUAGAGCAGCUUCUGUUUUCAUUACGACCCUAUCUGACGGACUUUCACUGCUCCGAAGACGCCCUGGGUCUAUUUUGGUAUCUUCUUGAAGAGGGCAAAUCAUAUCUUACUCAUCAGCCGGGCUUCCUCGCAGGCAUCGCAGUGUCAACACUCGUCUCGCUUAGAAAGUUUCUCCAAUCGAGUCCGGAAAGCACUACCCAGGACAGUCAAUUCAAUGCAGUCAUAUCCAGGUCCCAAGCCUUCCGGGAGUGGUUCGGUAAAUUCUUAGAGGAUUACCGCCCAUCAGAUCUGGAUCAAUCUACAAAAGACUUAUUUCAUCGGAUGGUAACAUCGUCGAAGCAGAUAAGUAAUGCGGGAAACUCCGAAAAAGGGACAUAUGAGAGCGAACUUCUGCUUGACCUACUUCAGGACAGAACUUCUCGCAAGAGUCUCCUUAGUAAAUCAGUUUCCGAUAUUAUUCUUUCACUACUUUGCGUUGAUUUUAAGAUAUCCUCUGACAUAUUUAAUGACGUUCUCGGUGAUGACGAUGACUCUUCAAACUACAAUGUUGCCGUCUGGCAGAGCAUACAAAGCGGUGUUACUGAUACAGGAUAUCGGCUCUGGGCUGCUCGAGUGCUAGGGCGAGCAUUUGCAGCAACUGGACAAGUCAGCGAGGAAUUGCUUCGAGAACAAAAUUUGGAAGCAAUUCCAUCGCAGUCACAGCAUCUAAAACAUACCGAGCCUUUCCUUGUGUCAAAGGCUGCUAUCCUACAGGUGCUCUGUGAAGCUCUCUCCAAUAGUGACCGAGCCAAUAUAGGGCUUGUGGAACAAACCCUGCAACUUGUCAUGAGUAAGAUUUCAAAUUUUCCCAAUCUUGAACAAUGUGAAAGCAUAGUGCCGCAACCUCUCAUGAAGGCUCUUAUUUGGGAACCGUAUGAUUGCCCGGGGAUUCGAGCUCGCAUCCCCGCGACCAAAGUCGACAAUUUGUGGCCAACACUGGAUCCUGAAUCACCAAUGACUUCGACUCAGUGGGCAAGAGACUUGGCAUUAGCUCUGGUGACUUCUGCUGAGAAUGACCCUGUUAUUGGGCCUCUAAGGGAUGUUCUCUAUGUCAUUCCGGAUUUAUCGGUGCGUCUCUUGCAGUUCGUUCUACACGAUGUACUUAUCUUGGAGAGCGAGAAAGACCAAGUUUGUCGAGAAAUGGUCUCGAAAAUUUUCAACGACGUUCUUCGGUCAACGGCCGAAACAACCAUUGCCCAUGCUCAAAUUGUCUUGCAUGCAAUUUUGUACCUUCGUCAGCAGCAGAGACCCCAAGAGUCGACGAUUGUGGAACGAGAUGAGUGGCUGGCAAUCGAUUACGCCUUGGCAGCAUCCGCAGCAGUCAAAUGUAGGAUGUACAAGAGCGCUCUCUUGUUCAUCGAAAUCCAAGCGUCUAAAUCUGUCGGCACUAGUCGGCGAUCUUCCAUCAAAUAUCUCCCUCCCACAGAUCUGCUUCAUGACAUCUACAGGAAAAUCGGAGAUCCCGAUCUUUUUUACGGGAUACAGCAAGAUGCCACAUUGACAUCGGUUUUAGAGAAGCUCGACUAUGAGUCUGUGGGCUUCAAGAACUUGGUUUUUCAAAGCGCUCACUAUGACAGUGACUUGCGACUCGAUGGCAAGGGGAAUACGCAUGGACUGUUCAAAGCUCUUAACGCAACCAAUCUUCAUGGUGUUGCUAAUGCCAUGCUUUCUGUCCCUAACAAUACAGAAGGAGGAUCUAUAGAUUCUGACCAUUUGUUGUCAACCGCUAUCAGCUUACAGCAAUGGGAUAUUCCUGCGUUGCCAUCACAAGGAUCAGCAAUGACUGUUUUGUUCAAAGCUUUUCAGAACUUGAACACCGUGGAUACAAUGAAAGAUGUUCUAAAGUUCAACGACAAUUGCUUUUUGGACAUUCUCGGACAAGCUCAAGACACAAAUCGUUCCGUGACAGCACUGCGCGAUUCAAUGCGAGCUCUCGGCCUCUUGACAGAAGUAGAUGAUGUCUUGCGCUCAAAAUCAUCGGCACAGGUAGAAGAAUUGUGGGAUAGAAUCACAUUAAGGACCUCUUGGUUCCAAGCUGAGAACUUCGAAGAUAUUGCGCACAUUCUUUUCUGCCGUGGAUCCCUCUUCUCUUCUAUUAACAAGAGACCCUAUCUGAAGUCGGCAAUGAAAUUAACUUCACGAACAUCACAACUUCUCGAAGUAAAAGCCCUUCGGGAAUCUUUCAAGAUUAGCAGGGAUUUAGAAGGCUCCCAAGAAGCGUUGACGUCUGCAAUUUCGUUGUCAAAAUUGGUACAACCAUGCACCGCACUUGGAUUGAGUAUAGAUAAUGCAGCCAAGUAUGACAUGGCAAAUGUCCUCUGGGAUCAGGGGGAAAUGACUACAUCAAUCCGCAUGCUACAACAGUUGAACGAACAGGGCGACUUACAGAAACAGGCACUGGUAGUUAGUCGAGCAGAAGUCCUUGCAAGUUUGGGGCACCACGUAGCAGCAGCGCGCUUAGAAAAGCCUGAUGCAAUUAUUCAGGAGUAUCUAGUUCCCGCAGUAAAGGAGCUUCGGGGCAAUGCCGAAGGUGAAGAAGCCGGUGGCGUCUACCAUCGUUUUGCAUUGUUCUGUGACCAGCAACUUUUGAACCAAGAUAGCUUAGAAGACUUCCAGCGUAUUGAGCAGCUCCGUGACCGCAAAGAGCAAGAAGUCCUUGCGCUCAAACAAAUGAUGUCGGUAGCUGAGGGCAAAGAAAAGAACCAGUUGAAGAUGCAUUAUACCAAGGCAAAAGUUUGGUUCGACUUGGAUGACCGUGAGUAUCAGAGACUGAACAGCAGCCGCGAAGCUUUUUUGCAACAGUGUCUUGAGAAUUACCUACUCUCGCUCAAAGCAUGCGACAAUUAUAAGAACGACGCAUUGAGAUUUUGCGCUCUUUGGCUCGAUAAGUCGGGCGAUCCGAAAGCCAAUGAAUCUGUCAGCAGAUACCUCAGCAUGGUUCCAACUCGAAAGUUUGCUCCAUUGAUCAAUCAACUGUCUUCUCGUCUCCUGGAUGAAUCCAACUCAUUUCAAACACUCUUAUCUCGACUUGUUUUUCGUAUAUGUGUUGAUCAUCCAUUCCACGGCAUGUAUCAAAUAUUCGCUCACAGCAAGACACGAGGCAACCGAGACCAGGCGGCACUAUCUCGUUUCCAAGCCGCGACCAAUGUUGUCGAUAAGUUGAUGAAUGACAGACAUGCCAGCUCAACAUGGAUGUCCUUACACAACAAUAAUAUCUGCUAUGUGAGAUUUGCCACGGAGAAAUUGGACGACAAAAUCAAGAGCGGUGCAAAGGUGCCUCUCAGGAAGUCUCCUACAGGUUUGAAACUGGAGCAAGAUGUCAGCAAUCAGAAGCUUCCGCCGCAUAGCAUGAAAAUCGAACUGCGAGUGGAUUGCAACUACAGCGAUGUACCAAAGGUAGUCAAAUUUCACCCUGAAUUUGCCGUGGCCUCUGGUAUCAGCGCGCCGAAGAUUGUGACUGUUAUUGCUAGUAAUGGAUUGCGCUACAAAAUGCUGGUUAAAGGAGGCAACGAUGACCUGCGUCAGGACGCUAUUAUGGAACAAGUCUUUGAACAAGUCAGCAACGUGCUACGAGAUCAUCGAUCAACCAGACAGCGCAAUCUGCAUAUCCGGACAUAUAAAGUGCUGCCACUCACUUCCAAUGCAGGGAUCAUUGAAUUCGUUCAAAACACCAUCCCACUCCAUGAUUACUUGCUGCCAGCACAUGCGAAGUAUUAUCCCAAGGACAUGAAACCUAGCGCAUGCCGCAAGCAUAUCAGUGACGUGCAGACUCGGACUCUUGACCAACGAGUGAGAACCUACCGCCAAGUAACAGAUCACUUUCAUCCGGUUAUGCGGUUUUUCUUCAUGGAAAAGUUCAACAACCCAGACGAUUGGUUCAGCAAACGGUUAGCGUAUACCCGCAGUACGGCCGCAAUUUCGAUACUAGGGCAUGUACUUGGUCUUGGUGAUCGCCAUGGGCACAAUAUCCUCCUGGACGAGACAACUGGCGAAGUUGUUCAUAUCGAUCUGGGAGUCGCCUUCGAACAAGGCCGAGUUCUGCCCGUGCCUGAGGUGGUUCCCUUCCGGUUGACGCGCGAUCUCGUUGACGGAAUGGGUAUUACCAAAACCGAAGGGGUCUUCCGCCGAUGCUGUGAAUUCACUCUAGAGGCCCUCCGUCGCGAAUCAUAUAGUAUAAUGACAAUCCUUGACGUAUUGCGUUAUGAUCCAUUAUACAUGUGGACUGUUUCGCCACUACGAAUGAGACGAAUGCAAGACGAGCAAGACGUGGAAGAGCCUCCGUCAGUCCUCUCCAGUAGCGCUGAGAGGGCCAAGGUCAACACUAGGAAUCCGAAGGAGCCCAGCGAAGCAGACAGGGCAUUGACGGUUGUCGCUAAGAAGUUGAGCAAAACACUCAGUGUUACGGCGACGGUAAAUGAGCUCAUACAACAAGCUACGGAUGAGCGUAAUCUAGCCGUUUUGUAUUGCGGAUGGGCUGCCUACGCCUAA